AUGGCGUACAGCUUUGAGACUGGAAGGAUAAACCAGCUGAGUACGUGGGACUAUGUUAUUUUCGCCCUCAUCCUAAUCGUGUCUGCUGGGAUCGGCAUCUUCUACGCCAUCAAGGACAGAAAUCGGAAGAGUAUCCAGGAGUUUCUGAUGGCGGGCCGCAACAUGAGCGUGGCCCCGGUGGCGCUGUCGUUGGUGGCCAGCUUCAUGAGCGCCAUCACGUUGCUAGGCAGCCCCGCCGAGAUGUACAACUAUUCGACGAUGUUCUGGUGGAUUGGUUUGUCCUACGUGUUCGUCGCCUACGGCGCUGCUCAUAUCUACAUCCCCAUUUUCUAUAACCUCAGAGUGACCAGUCUCUAUGAGUACCUCGAACGGAGAUUCUGUAAAGGAGUUCGAACGAUGGGAUCCAUUGCUUUUUCUCUUCAAAUGCUGCUGUACAUGGCCAUCGUGCUGUAUGCUCCGUCUCUAGCCCUUAAUGCAGUUACUGGUUUCUCCUUGUGGGGUUCCGUCAUCUCAGUGGGCGUCGUCUGUACGAUAUACACGACACUGGGCGGCAUGAAGGCGGUGCUGUGGACAGACACGUUUCAGAUCGGGAUGAUGUACGCUGGACUUCUUGCCGUGCUGAUAAAAGGCGCCAUGACAGUGGGCGGAGUCGGUAAAGCCUGGGAGAUAGCCGCAGAAAACAAACGUAUCUACUUCACGGAUUUCAGUAUGGACCCGGCAAGACGUCACAGCGUCUGGUCACUUGCCAUUGGCGGAUAUUUCACGUGGGUUGCCAUAUAUGGAACUAACCAAGCACAAGUUCAACGAGCAUGCGCAUGUCCUACCUUAAAAACAGCCCAGCGGGCGAUCUGGUGGAACGUGGUGGGUCUGUGGAUGGUUCUGUACCUGUCGUGUAUGAUCGGCAUCAUCAUGUACGCUUUCUACACUCAUUGUGACCCGCUCAGCUUCCAGCUCAUCUCCGCCACUGAUCAGCUGCUGCCUCUGUUUGUGAUGGAUGUCCUGGGACCCGUGACCGGCAUGCCGGGUAUCUUCAUUGCCAGCAUCUUCAGUGGCGCGCUCAGUACGAUAUCGUCGGGACUAAACUCGCUCGCUGCCGUGUUUCUCGAAGACGUUAUCAAGGCUUAUUACGGUAAAGAAAUCAGCCAGGCCAGAGCGACCAACAUCGCAAAGAUAUUAGCGCUAAUCUAUGGUCUGAUAUGUCUGGGCCUCACGUACGUGGCAUCUCUACUUGGAAAUGUCCUACAGGCCGCUCUGUCUCUGUUCGGGAUGAUCGCCGGACCUCUUCUUGGACUCUUUUCUCUAGGCAUGUUUUUCCCCUGGGCCAACAAAUGGGGAGCCUACUCUGGCUUGUUGUCUGGCUUGGGUUUUCUCUUCUGGAUUGGAAUCGGGGCCCAGAUCUCCAAACCGCCCGUCUACCCGCCCAAAGCGCCUCUCAGUGUAACAGGCUGCAACUGGAACGUCACCACCACCAUGGCAACCACGGCUUCUCUUAACAGCACCGUCAACGCCAUGACGAGUGCGUAUGUAACCAGCAUGGCCAACUACACGACAGUGGCACCGGAAAGGUCGGCGGACUACACGUUGUACACGUUGUCGUACAUGUGGUACAGUGCCACCGCCUUUCUCUGGGUCAUCGUCGUCGGCAUGAUCGUCAGCGGCUUCACAGGAUUCACCGACCCGAAGACGAUCGACCCAAAAGUGAUUUGUCCUCUGGCUGACGUCGUCUUCCCGCUUUAUUUCCUACCAGAAUCCAUACGCAAACCUCUUCGUUUUGGAAUCGUCCAUGAAGGGAAAUACGACAAAGAAGAUACGUUUUUCAAAAAGGAUUUGCAAAAUGGAAUACCUGUCAAAGACGAUCUGGAUUCUAUUCCUGGUAGAAUCAAAACUAAAGACGAGGAGGCCAAUAUCACCGCCAGUGCGCAUGAUCUGACACAUUCAGCCAAUGAGAACAAAGGAGGGGUAGACAACUCUGCCUUUUUUGUAUCGCCAGAGACAAUAACAACAAAAAUAUAG